UCACUUACAUGGAUGAGAAGACUGAUGCUGGUGGGACAAUUGUUUGUAUGAAAUAUGCAAAAAUCAAGCCUGCAGGAAAAUUUCCCUUGACUGUUUCAAACACAUGGACUACUACAAAGCUUUUCAUCAAUGACAAAAUCCUAGAAAUUCUCAACUUCCAAAAAAGUUUAGAUGAGGCUAUUUCAAAUGGAAUCAUGACUACUGUUGUUAAUACAUCUUCUCAACUUAUGAGCCAAUCAUCUGGAAGCUCGAUGUACACUCUGGAACAAAAAUUUGUACAAAAUCAUGAAAUCAUGCCACUGUCACAAAUGUGUUGUCUUACUAGGGAUACGACCUGUGUUACGGUUGUCAAAACUGUUAAAGUUAGGUCGAACAACAAGGGCUGGUAUUUUCAAGCUUGCUAUAAAUGCCCGAAAGCUGUAAGCGGUGACAAACCACCAUAUAAAUGUGGAGAUAACCAUCCAACUGAGACACAAAUUUGGAAGUACAGGCUGGAUGUUGAUGUAAAAUAUGAAAAUACAGAAUCAACCUUUACUUUCUGGGACCGUGAAGUCGCACAGCUGUUGGAAGUGACUGCAGCCGAUCUUCGCGACCAAUGUCAUGAUAUUGGUCUGACUGACCCUCUCGAUUAUCCUACAACCAUUGACAAGAUUGAGGGUAAAACUAUAGCUGUACGUGUCAAGUGGCAGCCGAAAUGGAAAAAUGGAUCUGUUAAUGAAGUUCAUAACGGACCAGAUUUCAUUGAAAAUCUCAUAGAUCAAUUCAAUGGACCUACUCAGGAUAAGAAAUCUGCUGUCCCUAAUGACUCUGCUGUAUCUGAGAACAACACUCCUUCUAAAUCCAUUACUGCCAGUCUUGAUGUUGUUAUUCCAAUGGUUUCUCUCUCUGGUACUGAUGAGAUUGAUCCUGAAGUUGUCUCAAUGAAAACACCUUCAAAAAGAAAUGGAGCUUCUAUUCUUUCCUGUGCUGAAAACGAUGAAACUCAUGAGUUGAUUGCCUCGAAUGCAUCUUCAACUAAAAUGGCCAAGCACCAGAAGAUGGAGUAA